AUGGGAUCUUCGGUUGAAGAUCUUACACUUGAAAACUCCUUGAAUGAAUUUAUCAAGGCGAAUUCAAAUGAUAAAUUUUUUGUGGAUGUUGAAAACCCUUCUUGUAAACUGGUUUCCGCCAGUCCUAAGGCCGAUUCACCUCAAAGUAACACAUCCCCUAAGGGAGCCAGAUUACGCAAGGAUAUCAGUGAAUUAUUAAAUGAAGUUUCACAGCUGUCAAAAAACUUAAAUGUUUCCGAGGUUUCAAGAUCUUUAGUGGCGGAUCUAACUCAAAAGCCAAGCUCACCUAGAUCAUCCGGCAGAUCUUCAAAUGGAGACUACAGUAAAAAUUUAGUUGAACACGCUCAAGCUGUGAUAGAAUACCAGCGUGAACGUAUAGACAUACUUGAAAACAUCAUAUCCAAGUUCAACUCAGCCAUGGACAAGGUGAACGAACUGCACAAAGAUGAGCUGGAAAGAUCCGAAAUUGAGAAUAAAAACAUCAGACUUCAGAUCCACAAAGUGGUCUCAGAUUACGACGCACUUAUUAAAAAGAAAGAUUCCGAAAUUCGUGAAAUUGAAGCCUUAAAGGAGAAGAAUCACAAAACCGACUCUGAGCUCCUUAAGAAGGAUGAGCAAAUAAAGGAAAUGUCAAAAAAGCUUGAAACCCUGCCUCAGGAAAUAGAAAGAGUAAAAAAUCAAAGGGAUGAGCUUCUAGACCAAGUUAGAGAAUUAAAAAAUGAGUUAAAUCCACCUUACAAAUCAUGGCAAAGGAGCAUAGAAGACUCACAAUCAGUCAAUGAACAUACUGGAUCUUCACCUUUUACCUUUGAAUACCAGACGGAAUUUGGCUUUAAUUACAGAGAAUCAACGUCUAAACCGUUUGCUCAUUUUUUAUGUGAUAUAAGGAAGCAGGAGACUGCCGCCAUGGGCAGGUGCCUAAUGCAGGUAGAAAAUGAUCUAACAAGUUAUAAAAGGUUACAUGAAGAGCAAAGAUCUGAGAUUAAUAGACUUAAUUAUCUUCUAAGUGUUAAGGCAAAAACUGAAGCGUUUGAUGAGAAUCCAUACUUCGGAUCCCACAAACAGCUUCUGUACAUGCGGAACUUAUUUGUGGAAAUGGUUAAAAAAUCUAAUGAACUUACGGAGAAAAUUACGCAAAAGAAGGAAGAAACUGUUGAGAGGGAAGACAGAUCAGUUCAGGCUGCGUUUAUGGUAAAAUCAUUUGGAGAGCAGAGGGAAAUGUACGACAAACUCCUUGCGGCAGUCAAGAACAAGAUCUCUGUGGAAUCUUCAGGGACUUGUUUCUACAGAUGUAAAUUAGAUUACUGUAAACUGUCAGAGGUGGAACAAAUGAAUUUGGAUUUAAAGUUUAAUAAAAUGUUCGCCGAGGUUGAAAACUCGAUGGUUCUUGUCCAUCAGCUGGAAGAUGACCAGAUCAUACACACGCAGACAAUUUCUAGAGAGAGUCUAAAAGCCGUUAGAAGUGACCCUAAAAACUUGCAAAUCAUGUUAAAAGACGAUCAUUAUCAUGUGUUCAGACUAGGUGACUUAGACUCUUACAAGAGGUUUAAGUAUGGUUUAAUGUACGCAGGUUUCCUCCUAGAUGAGACUAAACUGUCAAUUUUCUCAAAGAUUGACCUGUCUGAUCAGAACACUUUGGAAAAUCUACCCAAGGAUAUGGUCCCGGUACUAUUUUCAAAGGUCGUAUCUCUGGGCACUCAGAACCCCAAUUACAUCCAAAGUCCACCAAAUUAUUCAUCAAAUUACCCACCAAAUUGUUCACCAAAUUAUUCACCAACUUACUCACCAAAUUACCCACCGACUUACUCGCCAAAUUACUCACCAAAUUACUCACCAAAUUACUCGCCAAAUAGCCUUGAGCAAAGAUAUUAUCAGUCGAGUUUAGACUUUCUUGUCAAUAACAUGUUUGACAGUGUGAGUAUUUUAUCAGAUUUCAGUGAAAAACUGGCAUACUAUGACAUGUCUUGCAAUGUGCUAGUCUUGUACGGGCCUAACUUGGCCAACAAUCCCAAACUAAUCCAUCCCAAAAACACUUACAAAUUCCUGGUCAAAAACGAUUUAGACAAUUCAUCUGGCUUAAAUCAAGCUCAAUCUAUAGAUGAAUUUAUUGAGGAAUAUAAAGUACCAACGGCAACAUUCCCAAAUGGAGAACAUGUGAUACAUUACUUUAACCCUCAGCUUAACAAUUAUUCCCUAGUAUCAGUUAAACAAAGGAGUGAACUACUUGGACCAAUUCACAGCGGAUAUCAAAAUUCUGAACCUCUUGCUGUUUUAAAUAGUUCUAAUGUUCCAGGUACUUCUCCAACCCCCGUUAACAGAAGUUUCAUGAACAUGAAUAAUCCAGACUUUGAAGUGUAUUUUAUACUCCCACUAAGUCCAAAAUAUAACGACACACUCACUAAGCUAAUGAACAGAAUAGAAUUCCUAAGGCUGAAAUCAACAUUUAGUAAGCUUGGUGAGCAUAAAAUAGAAAUCAAGGAGAAAAAGAAGUUUUACAAGUUUACAGACGGCGUUUUGGAGAUGAAGAUGGGACCGAGCUCGGACGGACCAGUGAGAAUUCCUUGUUCUGACGGCCAAUAUGAAUUUGACGAUGUGAAGUCGGAGGUGACUUUACUUUCCAAUUCAGACUCGGGAUGCAUGGAGUCAUUUAAAUUUAACAUUCCCGACUUCGCAAUGUAUAAAGAAUUCGUUUCCGAGCUUAAGAAGAAUGGUCUAACGCCUUUAAAUCCAGGUGCUGAAGUCGGAAGAGGGCAAUUCUGCCUAGUCACCAGAGGCCUAAUUACGAUAUUUAAUAAGAAUAUUUCACCAGAUCCAAUCCUCGUCUUCAACGUCAAAGACACCAAAGUUGAAGUUGAGGACAAGCCUAGAAAUAUAAAAAUUGUUAACUACGAGACUGGGACUUGUGUUGACAUGAAGUGUCUGAAGAAGGGAGUGUACCCUAGGUGGAUUUUCGCCUUAAAAUUUGCUGGAUUCCUCGAGGAUGGGCAAAGCUCUGAUGAAGAUACUACACUGAACGAGUUUUUAUUCGAGAUUCAUAUUUUCGACUACGAUUCCAAGGGUGAGAAGGCUUUUAAAUUUGAAAAUGACACCAUUAAACUCUAUGCCAGUCCUCACAGCCAGUCACAGGAAUCUAAACCUUUACGUCCACUGUAUGUCUGGAAUAGGGAAAAUAUUAACAUUGAGCCCAGGGCCAAAAACUCCAGUGUCAGAAUCUACGUGAACAAAGGGAAGAAAACCCAGGAAUUUUUCGAAAUUCGGUUCAUUCCACCGGCUUACGAUGAUUUCAUGAGUGAACUCAAGAAGAAUAAUUAUAAAAUUGACCAUCCAGAUAAGCUAAAGAGUACAAAUCACCAGUACGUUGUUAGUCUUAAGGAGGUUAUACAACUACGCCAGUCAAUGGAUAGUCCCAACAUCAUGUUAAAGAUACAAAAACAGUUUUACGAAUGUUCUGUUGAUAUCGACGGCAUGAAGGUAAACUUUAGUCCAACUGUGAAUUACAAAACGCCUAUUGAACUUCCCUUUAAAAAGCAGGACACAUUCCUUAAAUUCUUACUUGCUCUUAAGAUUUCAACGUUUUUACCCUUCACAAAGAGAGGCACAGACAUACCAAUCAACUUCUUACCUGAAAUCACAUACUGUUUCGCCUGCCCAGAGGCCAGGAGAUUAUUCAAAAACUGCAGACAAUAAAUUUUAACUUUUCAACACAUUUUAAUUUCAUUAUAUAUAGUAUUUAUGGAUUAGGUGUGUCAAUUGUGGAGAUUGGGAAUAAACAAUAAAAUAAAAUAAAAUAAAAAGUUGAUGAGUGAAAAUUUGAAUUUUUA